CUUACUUUGUAAUGAUUAUUAAGAGCUCGAGACCCCGAGCCUCAACCCGGCAUAUCGCGUCCUCUCUCUACAGACCCCCUAGCGUUGGAAGGGAUCAGAACUCACCUCCUCCGCUCCCGGGAGCACCCCUUUCCUAACACCUUGAGGAGGGGUCGGAAGGAAAGGAAAGGAGACCCGCGAGAUGUCGUCGAUGCGCCUGCGAAGCCCAGGCUACCCGGAGACCCGUCCGUCCGUCCGUCCCUACAGGAGAAGGAUGGUCCGGGCUCCUCCUCUCGCCGGAGCUGCAGGCUGAGUCGCUAGGUUUCUGUGCCUUCAAACCCUGCACGACGGCCACACCAAACACCCAAACCUUGGGCAGGGACCAAACGGUCACUUCCCCGCCCUCCGGGCUCAAUAUGCAAAUCCGAGCACCAGGAAGUAGCUGGGACCUCUCGGUCGAGCCCAGAGACAGCCAGUUCCUCUCCCGCCGCGCCGGGCCGCGCUGCCGCUAGCUCCCGGGCAGUGGCGCCUCCGGGCCCGACGCGCUGCAGCCUCCAGCCCGCGGCAAGCUGGGCGGCCGCGCCACCCCCGGCCCCGCGCCCGCAGCUCCUCGCCGCGCGUCCCGAGUUCCCGGCCAGCAGCCUCCCCCUACGCGGGUCCCGCUGGGCCGCCCCGUCGCGCCCCUCGCUCUGAACUCAAGUCACCGUGGAGCUCCGCCGCCCCGAAACUUUCACCGCGAGCGGGAAAUAUGGGAUGUAUAAAAUCAAAAGGGAAAGACAGCUUGAAUGACGAUGGAGUAGAUUUGAAGACUCAACCAGUACGUAAUACUGAAAGAACUAUUUAUGUGAGAGAUCCAACGUCCAAUAAACAGCAAAGGCCAGUUUCAGAAUCUCAGCUUUUGCCUGGACAGAGGUUUCAAACUAAAGAUCCGGAAGAGCAAGGAGACAUUGUGGUAGCCUUGUACCCCUAUGAUGGCAUCCACCCAGACGACUUGUCUUUCAAGAAAGGAGAGAAGAUGAAAGUCCUGGAGGAGCAUGGAGAAUGGUGGAAAGCGAAGUCCCUUUUAACAAAAAAAGAAGGAUUCAUCCCCAGCAACUACGUGGCCAAAGUCAACACCUUAGAAACAGAAGAGUGGUUUUUCAAGGAUAUAACCAGGAAGGAUGCAGAAAGGCAGCUUUUGGCACCGGGAAAUAGCGCUGGAUCUUUCCUUAUUAGAGAAAGUGAAACAUUAAAAGGAAGCUUCUCUCUGUCUGUCAGAGACUUUGACCCCGUGCAUGGUGAUGUUAUUAAGCACUACAAAAUUAGAAGCUUGGACAAUGGGGGCUAUUACAUCUCUCCACGAAUCACUUUUCCCUGUAUCAGCGACAUGAUUAAACAUUACCAAAAGCAGUCAGAUGGCUUGUGCAGAAGACUAGAGAAGGCUUGUAUCAGUCCCAAGCCACAGAAGCCGUGGGAUAAAGAUGCCUGGGAGAUCCCCAGGGAGUCCAUCAAGUUGGUGAAACGGCUCGGUGCUGGGCAGUUUGGGGAAGUCUGGAUGGGUUAUUAUAACAACAGUACCAAGGUGGCUGUGAAAACCCUGAAGCCGGGCACGAUGUCUGUGCAAGCCUUCCUGGAAGAAGCCAACCUCAUGAAGACUCUGCAGCAUGACAAGCUGGUGAGGCUCUACGCCGUGGUCACCAGGGAGGAGCCUAUUUACAUCAUCACUGAGUACAUGGCCAAGGGCAGUUUGCUGGAUUUCCUGAAGAGCGACGAAGGUGGCAGAGUGCUGCUUCCAAAGCUCAUUGACUUUUCUGCUCAGAUUGCAGAGGGAAUGGCGUACAUCGAGCGGAAGAAUUACAUUCACCGGGACCUUCGAGCGGCUAACGUCCUGGUCUCUGAGUCACUCAUGUGCAAAAUCGCAGAUUUUGGCCUUGCUAGAGUAAUUGAAGAUAAUGAGUACACAGCAAGGGAAGGUGCUAAGUUCCCUAUUAAGUGGACGGCUCCAGAAGCAAUCAACUUUGGAUGUUUCACUAUUAAGUCUGAUGUGUGGUCGUUUGGAAUUCUCCUAUAUGAAAUCGUCACCUAUGGGAAAAUUCCCUACCCAGGGAGAACAAACGCCGACGUGAUGACCGCCCUGUCCCAGGGCUACAGGAUGCCCCGCGUGGAGAACUGCCCAGAUGAGCUCUAUGACAUUAUGAAAAUGUGCUGGAAAGAAAAGGCAGAAGAGAGACCAACAUUUGAUUACUUACAGAGCGUGCUGGAUGAUUUCUACACGGCCACGGAAGGGCAGUACCAGCAGCAGCCUUAGAGUGCAGGGAGACCCGUCCGUUCCACAGGGGUGGCCACCACAUUUAGAGAGGAAAAGUAACUAUCACUGGUUGCACUUAUUAUUUCAUGUGCCGGGAUUAUCUGUGGUGCCUGGAUCCUGAAAUAGAGACUCAAUUACUCAGGAAGAACACCCUCUCAAUGGGAAAGUAUUCUGUACUCUUAAAUGGAUGCUCUACCCAGCUGCAGCGUGGCCUUGGCCUCAGCCGCUGGUAAUCUCGCUCUGCUGGACAUCUGAGUGCAGCCUUUUGAGAAGAAAACACCUGUUCUCUCCAAAAAUGUACCCAACUAGCUGUAUGUUUACAAUUGGACAUAUGACUCAAAGUUUCAGAGACCACGGCAAUCAAUCCCCAAUAAUAGCAGAACUACGUCAUUUAUAAAGCUAAAAUAACCAGAUGCAUAGCAUGACGUUUCUUUGUAUUUUCUCUCUGCUUUGGCUUACUUGCUAAAAAAAAAUUACUAAUCCAACCUGUUAGAUUUUGCAGGUAAAGUCAGCAGCUUACAAAUGUCUUUCCCAGAUUUCAAUGUUUUUUUUUUUUUCCCUAUCUCCCAAAAUCUGAGACUGUUAAACAUUUUUCUUCCAUGAACACUGCUCAGACCUGCUAGACAUUCCACAUGAGUGGCAUGCACAUCUCUCUCUCCUCCAGCAGGAGGAGCCCAUGAGCACACACAGCUGCCGUGCAUUGCAAUGUGCACCCGCCUGAACCACCGGCCUCACCUGGACCUCCCGGGAAAGGGAGAAGAGCCUCAGAAACUGCUCUGUUGUUUAGAAGGAAUCUUUUUAAGGGUCCAGCUUUUUCAUUUCCACAAUUUCCUAUAUCCAGAUUUGUUUUGACAAUGUAGUUUGGAAGAACUAAGAUUCUAAUCUCUGAAGAACCUUACAGGGCCUUCUAAAACAUAAGAGUUUCCUUUGUUGCUUCAAAGAUUUGAACAUUAUUUUAAAGAUCAAGUAUUAAUUUUAGAUGUACUUUAGAAAGUUAAAGUGCCACAUUUGGGGCUAUUUUUGUGAUUCAUCAAUCUUUUCUAAAUUGUGUAGCCUGUGUAUGAGACUAUUUAUCCCCAAGGAUAUAAGGAACAUAAGUGACUCCGAGGCUCUAAUGAGCCAUGGCCACAGGAAGUUCAAGCGGUUUUGUUUACUAAAUUUUUCUCCUGUAAGCUUUGAAUGGAAACGUCUAUAUCACAUCCUGUGUUUCACUUAUGCUUUUGUGUAUAUACCUAAUAUUUCUAUUUUUUGAUUUUAUUUUAAUACACCUCGUCCAAUAACAUCUCA